GUAUAAAGCCGAAUCCAUUUUGCCUGCCUUUCUUUCUUCUACGGAGCGCGUUUCCGAGGUGUUGAGCUGUUCUCCUAGCCUUUGUACCGGUCCAGAAGAAACCCAAGAUGUCUGACGAAGGAAAGCUCUUUGUUGGCGGACUGAGCUUCGAUACCAACGAGCAAUCCCUGGAGGAGGCCUUCUCCAAGUACGGAAGCAUUGCUAAAGUUGACGUCAUCAGGGACAGAGAGACUCAGAGGUCCAGGGGCUUUGGUUUUGUCACGUUUGAAAACCCAGAUGAUGCUAAAGAUGCAAUGGCUGCAAUGAAUGGGAAGUCUGUUGAUGGAAGGAUGAUCCGUGUUGAUGAGGCUGGCAAGUCUGGCGGAAGAUCUGGUGGUGGUUUCCGAGGUGGUGCAGCUGGAGGCCGGGGAGGCGGUUUUUUCCGCGGAGGUAGAGGAAGAGGUGGUGGCGGAUAUGGCGGCGACAGAAGCUAUGGUGGCGACAGAAGCUAUAGCGGUGGUGAGAGAAGCUAUAGUGGUGGUGAUAGAAGCUAUGGAGGGGGCUAUUCCAGUAGGAGUGGUGGAUAUUCUUCUGGUGGUGCAGGAUACUACAACAGAAGUCAGGGAGGUUAUGGUGACCGUUCUGGGGGUUCAUACAGAGAUGGCUAUGACAGCUAUGCUACACACGAGUAAAAUAUCUUCCUGAUUCCAAGAUCGUCCCUUCGCUGGCUGUAUUUAUAAAGAUGUGAUCUUUGAAGAUGUCUUCCCUUCCCUUUAUUUUGGUGUAACUUGGUAUUUUACUCAAGUACUGUAUUGUGACACUAUUUGGUGGGGGGGGGAGAUCAAAUUUUUUUUUUAAUUUUGGACAGGAUUUUAUCUGCUUCAAGUCCUGUUAAUCUUGUGAACCUGAUUUAAGUAACUUUGCGCAACAUUGUUUUGUUAGUUCAAUGUCUAUUCUACAUGGCAUGAUUUCUGAACAUUUUUACUAGAUCCCUAAGGUUUCUGAAUUGAACAUAACAUUUGUAUUCAAAUUUACAACAUACAGAAUACUCCCUAGAAACCUAAUGAGCAGUGAUAUAAUACACAGAAGGCCUAUGCCUGAGAUGCAUUCCUUUAAUAGAGCAAGGCAGGAUAGCUAGAAGCUCUGGUUUCCAACAAGCCUUGUUAAUGUAGUUAGUGCUCAAUAUUUACUAUAUAAAGGUUGUAUUACCUCCUGGCUGGGAAAACCUUGCAUGCCUAGUACAUGUAAGGUGCUUGUUGCUAUUUAUGCAACAUGUGCAUUUUAAAUAGUCUGUCUACUGGACUUUCAAGCUCAACUGUGUUUGCAAAUGUUCAUACUUGAAUCCUGGUUUUUGUUCUCUGUACUGAAUUUGAAAACAUUUUGUAAAUUCUGGCUUCAUGAAGCCCAUUAAAUGACUUAUUACAUGC